CUAUUGACUUUAUAUUAUUUUUCUCUUUAUAAAAAGUAAAAUGUUAUCAAAAAUGCCUUUAAGAAAGAAAAGAAACUUCAAAAACUUGACACUACAGAAUUCACCUGUUGUCGUCAAUUCUUCAUCUGAACCAUCAACCGCUAGUACAGCAGAAAAAGGAUCAACUAUAGGAACAAAUACAGAUGUAUCUGAUUACAGUCAAUUAUAUGAACAAUUAAGUGAAUUAGAAAUUGGUCUUGAACUACGAUUGGAUCUACGUCCAGAAGAUUUUCAAACCAUUGACGAAUUAGGAAGAGGGAACGGCGGGACCGUUAGUAAAGUAUUACAUGUGAGAACAAAUACUGUGAUGGCCAAAAAGAUUGUUCACAUAGAUGCCAAUAUGAAUGUACGAAAGCAGAUUAUGCGAGAAUUACAGUUUAUGCAUGACUGUAAUUCAAAACACAUUGUUAGUUUUUAUGGUGCUUUUAUGAAUGGAGGGGAUAUUUCGAUUUGUAUGGAAUACAUGGAUGCUGGUUCGCUCGAUCAAAUUUAUAAAAAACAUGGUCCUUUUCCAUUAGACGUACUGAAGAAAGUAGGCUACGCUAUUGUGGAUGGUUUGAUCUAUCUUUAUGAUGAACAUCGUAUUAUUCAUAGAGAUUUGAAGCCUUCGAAUGUAUUGGUUAAUUCACAAGGACAAAUCAAGCUCUGUGAUUUUGGUGUCUCUGGACAGCUGAUCAAUUCAGUAGCUGAUACGUUUGUUGGUACAAGUUCAUAUAUGAGUCCUGAGCGUAUCAUGGGUUCACCUUAUUCUGUCAAAUCAGAUGUAUGGUCCUUGGGUAUUACUCUUAUGGAGUUGGCUUUAGGAAGAUUUCCAUUUCCACCUGAAGGUACACCUCUAUCUAUAUUUGAAUUGCUUCAACACAUUGUACAUGAACCUGUGCCUACAUUCCCACCUAACAAAUAUCCACAGGAUCUGACGGACUUUGUUGCUAAAUGCUUAACAAAAGAUGUCAAAUUACGAGCAACCCCCAAUGAUUUGAUGAAUCAUGAAUAUUUAAUCUCUGCUGCAACAGAAAAAGUAGAUCUCGUCAAAUGGGCCAAGAGUAUAACAAGUCCUCCUGUUAGAGUAGAUUUAUCUAAAUUAAAAAAAUAAAGCUAAAGCCGCUUGGAUCCUGGAUCACCCAUUCCCCAAACCCAUCGCACCUUAUCACUCGUAUUAAAUAUUGUUUCAUAUUGAUGAUUCAUAAUGAGUUCAGUCAUGACCCAAGCGUUGAUUAUGAAAAAUAAGCUUCCUGACAGCCACAGUUGAAAGAAUGUGUGCUGAGCCAAGAAUUCAAGUUGAUAUGCAUAGUUUAACCAAAUAGCCUUU